AAUACAGGACGGAAAUUCCAGACAAAGCUUCGUCAUUUACAUUCCUUUUAGUCAUUCUUACUCUCUUAAAUUGCUGCGUUUACACCACUCCACCCAUUUCUCCCCCUCCUUGUCCCCAUCCCCUGUCCCCCUCCAUUCCCCCGUCCCAUCUCUAGCCUCCAGCCCUGGAGUCAAGCUCCUCCCCCUUGCAACAGGUGUUGAAGCUCAAUAUAAGAGAUUCAGGACCUCGUACCUACUGUAGACCGGACCGUCUCGACCCGGGCAGCUGCUUGUACCCUCAACACCAACACUGAUUCAAGAUGCGGUUUUCAAGUGUGGUGUUGCCGGCCUUGUUAGUCGUGGCGAUGAUGUCUGCCAGCGAUGGUUACUUGUGUCUUGGGACCUUCGCCCUUGGCGGCCUGUCAGUCGCUGAAGGCGCCGCCUUCUACCACUUCUGGGGCAACAGUGACCCCAUCAUCUCCACCAAGAGGAAGUAUCGCGGCCCGCACCAACGUCGCAACAGACGUCGCCAUGGCCGGGCCAUCCACAACGUCUAUAAAGAAAGAAAGAACUCGUUAUCUUCUGUGGAUAACCAUGACAGUUGUAUUCUGAAGAUGCUGUGUCAUCUUCAGACGAGCGUGGGCGUUGGCCGAUCCCAGGAGAGCGCCCUGGUUAAUUGGCUUGCCAGCACCACCGAGAUAUACAGUACCGCCAUUAUGCCUGGCAUGGAUAUUGGCGCCAAAACCCAGAGCGCCAUCGACUGCGACACGCUCUCUAAGUGUUCUCUGAGCGAGGCCCAGGUGAGCGGCCUCUUACAGGAGGUCCUGGAGCGUCGCUGAUCUUAACCCCCGCCAGCAGCAAUACUUGUAGUGACUAUAGUAGGUUAGACAUGACACACACAGCUAUAGAGAGCACUGAUCAGUAUUAACGACCUGUAAUCUCAACUUUCAAGCACUUCCUCGUCCCCUGCUGUCUACUGGAACCGCUCAAGCACCACCUCGUCCCCUGCUGUCUACUGGAACAGCUCAAGCACCACCUCGUCCCCUGCUGUCUACUGGAACCGCUCAAGCAGCACCUCGUCCCCUGCUGUCUACUGGAACCGCUCAAGCACUUCCUCGUUCCCUGCUGUCUACUGGAACCGCUCAAGCACCACCUCGUCCCCUGCUGUCCACUGGAACCGCUCAAGCAGCACCUCGUCCCCUGCUGUCUACUGGAACCGCUCAAGCACUUCCUCGUCCCCUGCUGUCUACUGGAACCGCUCAAGCACCACCUCGUUCCCUGCUGCCCACUGGAACCGCUCAAGCACCACCUCGUUCCCUGCUGCCCACUGGAACCGCUCAAGCACCACCUCGUUCCCUGCUGUCCACUGGAACCGCUCAAGCAGCACCUCGUUCCCUGCUGUCCACUGGAACCGCUCAAGUAUGUUCUCAAGCGCCUGCUCAACAUUUAUUUGAAUCAUUUAAUUUAAACUGUUAAUUUUUGUGUUUUUUACAUUUAUAAUAAAUGUUGAAAUUGUC